UGCAGCUCUUUCUCCCAUGUGAGAAGUUGCCUCAGGAUCAUCCAGGGGCGAAUGUUGGUUAUGUGGCAACCUGAGAGAGGACAAAUUUUAGCGCCCCUCCGCCCCUAAGUAUUUCUUAUUUUCACAAUAAUUCCUUUUGGUUCAGUGGCUUUUUAUGGAUUUUCUCAGACGCUACCCCUAUCAAUGCUGUAUAGGUUUUAUUAUUAUUAUCAUUAUUAUUUUGCGUCUUCUCAGCUCAGUGCCCUGUGGCGGGAAACUGCCCACAGCUCCCUAAAUCCCGCGUUGCCUCAGCAAAGGGAUAUAAAGAGCUUUCUAGCAUGUGCAUCACUAUAAAUUGAUGCUUUUCAGAAGAGUAGCCACCCUGAAUUGCUUUGGGAGGAAGGGUGGGAAGGGAAAUUUAAUAGACAAACAAACAUACAAACAAAUAGACAUGUUAGGCUCUGGUAGCAAGAGUCUGGUGUCAACUUCAGACCUAACACGUUUAUUAUGGUAUACUCUUUUGUGGGUUAGUUUAAAAGCAAACAACCACUUUUUGAGAUCAGUUUUGGGAACUGAAGUUGCCACCUUGGUUUCCUGCAACCACAGCCCUCAACGUUCCAACAGUACUUUGAUUCCUUUCAUAGAGCUCCAUGGAAAAACUCAAGUUUUUAUUUUCUAAUUUGUUAGAUCCUCAAUAAAUAUCACUCUCUGGUGCACACUCUGUUCAUGGUGCACACUGGUGUUUUUUGUUUCAGCUGUGAUAAAAAUCACAGCUGAAACAAAAACAUCAGUGUGCACAAUGAACAAUUACAGAAAGAGCGAAAACCUAAAGUUGGUGUUUCCAUACUGGUCCUGGAGAUUGGAAGCCCUUCUCUGCAGCCAGCAUGGGGGAAAAACCAGGCUACUAAUGGCUCCUUUAGCAGGCCAUUUUAAAAGUUGUCAUUUAUCAUAUGCACCCGUCCACCACAAGUCUCCUGCAUCACCUUGCUGGCCAAGGAGGAAGGGGCAAGUGAUCCUUCGCUCCUCAUCCAGGCUCCUCACUUGCCUAUAUAGAACUCCUAGUUGCCUAUAGCAACCAGGAGAGUUCUUAAAUACAAAGUUUUACCAGCCUCGCACAGCUGCUUGCAUAUAGACUUUUUAACCUUGUGUUGAAGGAUGUAAGUAAGUCUCCUUUCAAGCCCUGAAAGCUGACCAAGGGCAGUCUUCAGGUGACUUAAAGAUACUUCUUUAUUGGACUUGUGGACAUCUAUUUACUUUUGGGUUUAGUCACUCCAUGGACACCUUCAAGCAAGGGAACCUGGAAGACCAGUCAGUAGUCAGCAGGAUGCAGAAAAAAUACUGGAAAACAAAACAAGUUUUAAUAAAGGUUACAGGAAAGAAAGAAGAUGAACAUGUGGUAGCAUCUGACGCAGAAUUAGAUGCCAAAAUAGAGGUUUUUCAGAGCAUUCAGGUGACCUGUACAGAUCUUCUGAAGACAAUUGAAAAAUACCAGCAGAGACUUAAUGAUCUAUCUGAGCAGGAAAAUGAACUAGGGCUUUUUUUAAAGUUGCAAGCAGAUCAGGGUGAAGCUCAAAUUGACAAGAUGACUGAUGCAACUGGCCAGGCCCUCUGUUCUUCUUCCCAACAAAGGCUAGCUCUUGGCACGGCUUUGUCUCGCCUCGGACAAGAACUUGCAACCUUUAGUCGGAGGGCCGUGUCAGAUACUUUGCUUACAAUCAAUCGAAUGGAGCAGGCGCGCACAGAGUAUAGAGGGGCUUUGCUGUGGAUGAAGGAUGCUUCGCAAGAACUGGACCCAGACACUUGCAAACAAAUGGAAACAUUCAGAAAAGUGCAGAUGCAGGUAAGAAAUACCAAAGCACAGUUUGAUAAGCUGAAGAUGGAUGUUUGUCAGAAGGUGGAUCUUCUUGGAGCCAGCCGCUGUAAUAUGCUGUCACACUGUCUUGCUGUCUACCAGAUGACCUUUUUGCAUUUCUGUGAAAAGACUGUUCAAAAGAUGAAUGAAAUUAAUGAAGGCUUUGCACAUCUCCACUCGUAUCAUCAGAAUGCAUGUGAGCAAUUGCAGAAGCUUGUUAACCAAUCUACUGAGGAAGAGAAGGAGAAUGUGGAAGGAGACACUACCCCUGAAAUGCUUGAUAAGCUGAUUUUACUGGACGAAGAUGCCUCUGAAAUUCUGUCAGACUCAGGGUCAGAUGAAACAAAAGAGAACCUCUGUCAGAUGAGCAAAUCUGGUGAUCCAUGCAUCCCUGAAAAAGAAUUUCCAACAGAUUCUUUGGAAGAAGAUUUUGAGAGAGAUUUUUCUUUCCUGGAGAAUUUAUCAAGCCCCAGUUCUUCAAGCAGAGGAAAUAUUAUACAGGAAUGCCAAACUGCAGCUGAUAGUCCCUUCAUGGCUCUCCCUGUUCAGGAACCUGGAACAGAGGCAAAAUCCCUAGCACUCUCAUCUGGAUUUCUGCCUUCACAGCUCCUCGAUUUUGGCCUUCAUAGUUGGAUCACACAGUCAGAAUUUCUAGACCCUUUCUCCAAACCAGAGCCUGAGAAGCAGCUAGGACCUUCACAAACCUCACCAAAGAUGCCACAAAAGUCUGUGGAGAAGACUAGUAGCCAAGACAUGUCAGCUUGGUUUAGUGCCUUUGCAGACUUGGACCCUCUUUCAAAUCCAGAUGCUGUUGGACGCUCGGAUGAUGAUCUCCUUACUGCAUGAUUAAG